AUGCAAGAUAAGGAGUUGAAUACUGCUUUUCAUUUGAUUCAACAUAUCAUGCAGUAUAUGAUUAUUUUUACUUUUCUUGUGUUCGUACACUCUUUACACUCGGCUGCAGUUCCAUCAUCAACUGUCGAUAAUGUUCCAAAUCAAUUUCUUCCAUUCUAUUUACAAGAAGUUCAUCUGAUCAAUUCGAUUCACUCGCCAAGUCUUGCUGGUCAACAAUUGAAUCAGGCCUAUUUAGAUCUUUUACCCGUAGAUCGCUUGUUGUAUACCUAUUAUGUCAAUGCAAAUCUAAGUGUCGAAGGUAUUGAACCACUCGGUGGAUGGGAAUCACCAACGAGUGAUAUUCGUGGUGUAUUUCUCGCUUUUUAUCUACAAGCGUCUGCCAAAGCAUACCUUGCAUAUAAUAAUACUCAGCAGUUGUCCAAAGCACAAUAUUUGGUUGAGCAACUCUAUCGUGUACAAAAGCUUUUGAAUGAAUCCGGAUUUCUCGCAGCAUGGCCAUCGGAACAUCUACGUAAAUUAGAACGUUUAGAGAAAGUUUGGGCACCGAUUUAUUGUUACGAAAAACUGCUUCGUGGUCUUUCAGAUAUGUAUACCUUAACUGGAUUAACACUAGCUGGCCAAAUGGUACACGAUAUGUUGAAUUAUUUAUAUACAUGGAUGAUUCAUUGUAUGAACACUUAUCCAACAUCACAUUGGCAUGCUAUGAUAUUCAGUACGUUAGAUUAUGAAUAUGGUGGUAUUAGUGAGUUUCUAUAUGAACAAUAUGGAUUAACAAGUGAUCAACGGUUCUUUUGGAUGGCACAACAAUUCGAUGAUGGACAAUUUCUUGGAGCUCUGGCAUUGAACAUGGAUUUUCUGACAGGUGUACAUGCAAAUUCACAUGUUCCACCUGUGAUUGGUAGUGGUCGACGAUACUCCAUUACAGGUGAACAACAGUAUCGAUCUAUCAUAGAAAAUUUCUAUUCAUUAGUAUGGAAUAAUCAUACGUAUUCGACGGGUGGUUCGAAUGGAGGGAAUGGCUCUGUCGGAUUCGAUCAACAAGAGCAUUAUAGUGAUCCAAAUCUUCUUUCUCAAACACUCUGGAAUAACAAUCAAGAAUUUUGUGUUCAGUAUAAUAUGUUACGCUUGAUACGGAUGUUAAUUCAAUGGACAGGAAAAGUUCAAUACGCAAAUUCGUACGAACGGAUCUAUGUGAAUAGUAUUUGGGGUACACAAAAUCCAGAAGAACCCGGUCAUAUGUUGUAUAGUUACCCAUUGGGUGAAGGUGUAAGUAAACCAACAUCGGUCGGAGGUGGAGAUGUUGGAUAUGGGACACAGUUCGAUAGUUUCUGGUGUUGUUAUACAACAGCUAUUGAUCAAUGGACAAAAAUGAGUGAUUCGAUUUAUUUUCGUCAAAACUCAUCGAUUUAUGUGAAUCUAUUUGUUUCGUCUGAAGUAAAUUGGACAGAUAAGAACUUCGUUCUCCGACAAUUAACUGCUUUUCCAAGAGAAUCAACAACGAACUUCACAAUAAACACUUCAUUCAAUGAGGUUCACAUGACUAUCAACUUACGUGUACCAUCGUGGAUUGUUCUCAACGAAUCUUGGAUUGAAAUCAAUCAUCUUCGUCAAAAACUCGAUCUUAUUCCUUCAACUUACAUUCAACUUCCGAAACUCAACUGGAAACCGAACGAUGAAAUCGUUUACAAAAUGGCGAUGAACAUUCAUUUCGAAUCAAUUAAUGACAAUCCACAAUUAGUUUCAAUCCUAUAUGGACCAAUUGUUCUCGGUGGAUUAACUAAGCAAGCAAAAGUUUUAUUUAACGAUGUGAAUCUUAUCCGAAGAAUUCAGCGAUCAUCUUCUGAAAUCUUACUGUUUGAAACAACAUCGGUGGAUGGAACAAGAAUUCAGUUUUUACCUUUGUAUGAAAUUGUCAAUCAAACGUACACAGUUUAUUUUCCCAUUCAAUGA